UGGGCUUUUUGAUUAUAGACAUGUUUUUAUUGAUUUUACUUGCAAGGAGGAUUGUACCAAUGUCUAUUUCAAACGUAUGAUGAAUAUUGGAGGGUUUCUUAUGCGUAUAUUCAAAUGGACUCCGGACUUUAAACCGGAAGAAGAAACCUGCUAGCCCCAAUUUGGGCACUAUUACCUCAACUCCCGUGGCAUUUGCAUGAAUGGUGGUAUGUGGAAAAUAUUCUAAGUACGGUAGGAACACCAUUGCAAAUUGAUCAAGCUACUACCAACCGAACUAGACCUCACCUGGAUAAAGUAAGGAUCGAAGUGGAUUUGAGACAACCUCUACCAAAUUCAGUUUGGGUGGGCACUUUAGAUGAAGAAGGAAAUCCUCUUGAGGUUUAUGAUCAACCUAUAGAGUAUGAGGGUAUCCCAGAUUAUUGCUUACAAUGUAAACAUCAAGGGCACUCCAUUCAAGAAUGUGUUCAUCAUGAGAAAAAUAAGGGAAAGGGAAAAGAGAAGGUUCAAGAACCAUCCAACUCUCAGGAAGAUCAACAACAAACUCAAAAGAAUCAGAACUAGAAGCUCCCAAAACUCAAGAAGUCCAAUAGCAGAACCAGAAAAAUAACCAUCCUACCCAAGGAAAAAAUGGGGAGAAUAGAGGUAAAAAAAAAAUAUCAUCACAACAACAAUGUGGCUGAGCAAGUUUUCAAUCGUAUCAAGGAUAAUAAUAAUAAGACUGCAACUACUGAUCCUAUUGUCAAGGCUACUGCUAAUGCUGCUAUUGAGUCCACUAUUGUUACUACUAAGGAAAAAAAUGUUGCUAUUGUUAAAGGUUCCAUUGAAGUCGCCCAUAAGGAAUCCUCUGUUGCUGCUACUACUCAUGCUACCGAGAGGGAAUUAACUAAGGAGAUCUCUAUAUCCAAUGUGAUCAAUACAUCAAGUAGAAAGUGCCAAUCCCGAAGAACCAAGAUUUGAGGAGGUCUCAGAAAAAGGAAUUUGUAGAAAGAUUUUACCUAGUGACAAUUUGAAAGGUGGGGUCACUACUAUCGAUCUGGAUAAUGCUUUUAACUCUCUUAGGGAUGACCAUCUUAAGGAUUCUAUUGAUGACCCCGCAGACCUUGAUACCAGUAAUGAAAAGAAGCAUGACAAUGAUACUUUUUCUGAUAAGGAAGUGGAGCAUCAGAACCCGAAUUACUCUAAAUCUGAUGAUGAAAGUUCUAGGAGAUCUAUUCAUGAAUAUUCUACAAGAGGAACUGGUCAUCAAGAAGCAAAUAAAAAAAAAAAAAAAAACAUCAACCCAGAGUACAGGGCAGGUAACUUAUCUCCAAGAGGUACCAAUAUUCAUGAAUUGAUGAACAAAAACUUUUCUCCAAGAAAAACUAGAGCUCAAAAGCUCAACAAAAAACUACUCCCUAAUGUUUCCCAUGAUUAGUAUGAUCUCUUGGAAUUUAGGAGUGUAAGGACUAUGGAUGCUUUUGAAAGGCUAAAAACUCUUAAUAGUAAAUAUAAUAUUUAUUUAACUAUGCUCCAAGAACCUAUCCUACAAGACUUUUCAGGGCUGGAUACUGUUGAGAAAUAUAGGGUAAUGUUGGGGAUGGAUAAUUGUUAUGGAAAUAGUAAAACAAAAGAUGGUUGUAUUCGGAUGAUUUCUAUGAUAUUUCCAUUAUUUCAACCAGUGAACAAUAGGUAACCAUUAGUAUCAAGGGACUAGCUGGUUCUAAUUUGACUUUCCUCACCAUUGUUUAUGCUAAAUGUGAUGCUCAGCUAAGAAAAGAUCUUUAGGUUGCCAUUGAAAAUCAAUCAACAAUAGUUGGCCAUCCAUAGGGUGUUAUAGGGGACUUCAAUGUGAUCACUAGUGCAGAAGAAAAGAAGGGAGGGAGACCCUUCAGUACCUUGAAAAGUGUAGAUUUUAUUAACUGUAUAGAAGAUUCUGGGUUACAAGAUGCAGGCUUUCAUGGACAACCCUUCACUUGGUGUGAUAGCAGAGGUUCAAAAGCCAUCUGGAAGAGAUUGGAUAGGCUCCUGAUUAAUGCUGAAUGGUCUUCUAGUUUUGAUGUGUCUAUAAUCAAUCAUUUGGCUAGAACAGGGUCUGACCAUGCUCUUUUAUUGGUCAAUCUGGCUCAAGAAAUUUAUACUUCUAUUAAAUUUUUCAGAUUUCUUAAUUUAUGGGUAGACCAUCCUGAUUUCCUUAAUAAUGUUCAACAAUCUUAGGAGGACAAUAUCAAUGGAAACCCUUUAUGGAUCCUCCACCAGAAGUGAAAAGGACUUGCAAGAACUUAAGCUCUUGGUCUAGAGCAACUUUUGGAGAUAUUUCUGAAGAAGUGGACAACAUGGAGGCUAAGGUCUCAUAAUUAGAACAACAAUUCAUUCAAGACAGCUCUACUACCAAUUGAACCCUGUUAAAUCAGGCCAAUGCAACUUAUAUACAGGUCCUGAAAAGGAAGGAGGAUUUUCUGAGACAAAAAGCUAGAAUUAAAUGGCUUACUGAAAGUGACUCCAAUUCUGCAUACUUUCAAAGCACUAUCAAGAACAGAAGAAGGAGGCUCAACAUUCAACAAAUCAAGGAUGAUAGUGGUAAUUGGGUGAUAGGCAGACAAGAAAUUGCUAAUGCAGCUGUCAGUUUCUUUCAAAAGUUGUAUUGCUCUCCUCCAGAUGAAGUUGAUUUUGAUAUACUGGAUUGUCUUCCUUCCUUGGUCACUAAGGAUGAUAAUGAGGGUCUUAUUUCUAUGCCUGACUCACAAGAAAUCAAAGAUGCAGUUAUGUCAAUUGAUCCACAUAGUGCUCCAGGACCAGAUGGUCUCAAUGGUAGUGUUACCAAAAGUGGAGCAUCCUCAACAUUUCUCUGAAUUCAAGCCUAUCAGCUUAUGUAAUGUCACUAGUAAGGUUAUCUCUAAAAUUCUCAAUAAUAGACUCUCUACUUUGCUUCCUAAAAUCAUAUCUACUAAUGAAAGUGGCUUUGUUAAAGGUAGAGUGAUCUCAGAGAAUAUUCUCUUGGCCCAAGAGAUUAUUAAUGACAUGAAUAAACCCAACAUAGGGGGUAAUCUUGUUAUUAAACUUGAUAUGGUCUCUUAGCCCUAUUUAUUCAAAGUCUUGAGAAAAUUUGGCUUUUCAGAAAGAUGGAUAGAAAUUAUAUACAGGUUUAUUUCCAACAAUUGGUACUCAAUUGUUAUCAAUGGUGGUAGGUAUGGUUUCUUUAAAUCUAAAAAUGGUCAUAGACAAGGAGACCCUAUAUCCCCAUCUCUUUUUGUUCUAAGUGUUGAACUCCUGUCUAUGUUGCUUAAUAAUUUAAAUAAUGACCAGGGGUUUAGGAAUUUCUAUAUGAAUAAGAGGGGCCCUAUUAUCAAUCACUUGUGUUUCGAUGAUGAUGUUAUUCUUUUUUCAAGUGGAAAUAGGAAAUCCCUUAAGAGAAUUAUGAGGACUUUGAAAACUUAUGAAGAUGUUUCUGGUCAGUUGGUUAAUAAGCACAAAAGCUCUGUUAUUCUUCAUGAUAAGGCUUGUGCUAGGAGAAUUGACAGAGCUAAGAGAAUUACUACCAUGAAACAAGAAUGUUUUCCUAUAAAUUAUCUUGGCUGCCCUUUGUAUUUGGGAAGAAAAAGAAUUUCUACUUUCUCAGUUACGGUUCAAAAAAUCCUUAACAAAAUUAGGGGCUGGUUUUUUAAAUUUUUAUCUGUUGGUGGUAAAAGUGUUCUUAUUAAACAUGUUUUACAAGCUAUGCCUUCCCACCUAUUAGCAGUUAUGCAACCCCCUAAAACUGUUUUUGAAAUUAUUGAGAAUGCUUUUAAUAGAUUUUUGUGGAGUGGUUCAGAUGGUAACAAGAAGCUCCAUUGGUCCUCUUGGGAUAAUCUGUCCUAUCCCAUCAAUGACGGAGGUGCUAAUUUUAGAAAACUUGCUGAUAUCAGCAAGGCUUUCACCACCAAACAUUGGUGGAAGUUGAGAACUAAAAGAUAUUUGUGGUCCCUGUUUUUAAACACUAAAUACUGCUCUAGAAUUCAUCCAGUAACUAACAAAUGGAGGAAUGGCCAAUCCCAUAAUUGGAAGGCUAUGUGCUCUAUUAAAGUGUUAGUGGAGAAUAACUUGGGAUGGAUUAUUGAAAAAGGGGAGGUGGCCUUUUGGUAUGACAAUUGGACAGAUCUUGGGCCCCUUUACAAAUUUCUUGAUCCAGAUUCUAAGCCUAGUAAGCUGAGAAUCACUGAUGCCUACCAAAAUGGCCACUGGAAUUGGCCAGCUUGUGGCUAUGUUGUCUCUGAUUUUAUUAAAGCUCAUAUUGAGAGGAUGCAGGUGGUCCUUUCUGAUAAACCUGAUUUGCCUAUAUGGAAAAUUACCUCUUCUGGAAAAUUCAAUAUUGAAAGUGCUUGGAAUUUUUUGAGGAAUUCCAGACAUGAAAGCAACAUUGUUAAUGCCUUAUGUCAUAAAGCUGUCCCUUUUAAAAUGUCCUUCAUGGCUUGGAGGGUGUUUCACAGAAAAAUACCUUCUAAUGAUAUUAUCAUUUCAUGGUUUAAGCUCCUUGCUUCUCCCAAUUGCACUUGUUGUAGGGUGUCCCAACCUGAAAAUAUAGAUCAUAUUUUUUUCCAAAGUUAUGUUGCCUCUUCUGCUUGAACCACUUUGUUAACUCUUUUGGCAUUAGAUGCCCUAUGGUGUCUAUUCCAACUGUGUUUGAUAGCUAGAG